GUGACUGCUCGAUGGUACUGUGAAUGAUUCAGCACCAGGCAGCUCCGGCUCUAGCUGCAACUCCUUUCAGUGCCCUUUGCCCACACUGUCGACAUUCCAUGUACGCUUGAGCUGCUCCUGGAAGCAUUCACUUCCACAGCUGCUUUACCUGUACUGCACAGAUAUACUGCACAGCAUUGCUGUUCGGCUUAGGCCCAGAGAAGAUAGCUUGCACAUUGAAACGACGGGAGGAUGGCAUCCUUGUUUCGAAGUGAGGAGAUGUGCCUAACGCAGCUGUUUCUGCAGGUUGAGGCUGCGUAUUGCUGCAUCUCUGAGCUGGGAGAGCUCGGCUUUAUGCAGUUUCGAGAUCUGAACUUAAGUGUCAACUCAUUCCAGCGGAAAUUUGUGAAUGAAAUUCGACGUUGUGAAGUGAUGGAGCGAAUUCUUCGAUUUCUGGAGACGGAAAUGGAAAAGGAUCAGAUUGUUGUCCAAGAUGAUGGAGAGAAUCCCCAGGCUCCUCUUCCAAAAGAUAUGAUUGACCUGGAGGUGGUUCUGGAAAAACUCGAGAAUGAUCUGAGGGAAGUGAAUCAGAACCAACAGACAUUGAAACAGAACUUUCUGGAGCUCACUGAACUCAAGCACCUGCUGAAAAAAACACAGGACUUCUUUGAGACUGAAGCGAAUUUGACUGAUGAUUUCUUCAGUGAAGAUACAAUGCACCUAUUGGAACUGCAGACUGCAUCUGGGGUGAUUGCUCCUGGCAGGUUAGGGUUUAUAACUGGUGUGAUCAGGAGGGAGAGGAUGGCUGCCUUUGAGCGCUUGCUCUGGAGAGCUUGCAGAGGGAACGUCUACAUGAAGCAAUCUGAGAUGGAAGUCCCCUUGGAGGAUCCCAACACUCUUGUGAAGGUCCAGAAGAAUGUCUUCAUCAUCUUCUUUCAAGGGGACCAGCUGAGACACAAAGUGCAGAAGAUUUGCGAUGGGUUCCGUGCCACUAUGUACCCAUGUCCUGAAUCUGCUAACGAGCGUAGAGAAAUGGCUGCUGGUGUGAAAACACGCAUUGAGGACUUAAAUACUGUACUUAAUCAGACUGAGAGCCAUCGUCGCCGUGUGUUGCAAGAAGCAGCGAAGAGCCUGCGAAACUGGCAAGUGAAGGUGGUGAAAAUGAAGGCGAUCUAUCACACUCUGAACUUGUGCAACAUUGAUGUGACCCAACAGUGCCUGAUUGCAGAAACCUGGUGUCCAGUCGCUGAUAUGGACAGGAUCAAGAUGGCACUCCAUCAGGGCAAGGAACGCAGUGGUUCCAGUGUUGACCCCAUCAUGACUGUAGUGCAGACCCAAAUGGCUCCACCCACCUUCAACAGGACCAAUAAAUUCACAGCUGGUUUCCAGAAUAUUGUGGAUGCCUAUGGGGUUGGGACAUACAGAGAAAUGAACCCUGCUCCAUAUACGAUCAUCACCUUCCCAUUUCUGUUUGCGGUCAUGUUUGGCGAUUGUGGACAUGGAGCGGUUCUGCUUGGUUUUGCGCUUAUCAUGAUCAUCAAUGAGAAAAAGUUUGCUGCCCAGAAAGGUGGCAAUGAGAUCUGGAACACCUUCUUCAAUGGACGUUACCUCAUCCUGUUGAUGAGCAUAUUUUCCAUUUACACUGGAUUCAUUUACAACGAUUGCUUUUCGAAAUCCUUCAACAUAUUUGGAUCGUCCUGGCACGUGAGGGCCAUGUUUCGCAAUGGAAGUUGGAAUAACCAUGUUAUUGAAAACAACCCAUCACUCCAGUUAGAUCCUGCAGUGCCAGGAGUGUUCUCUGGCAAUCCAUAUCCAUUUGGGAUUGACCCGAUUUGGAAUAUAGCUUCAAACAAGUUAACUUUCCUCAACUCCUACAAGAUGAAGAUGUCAGUCAUCCUUGGUAUUGUACAGAUGAUCUUCGGUGUGGUCCUCAGUAUUUUCAAUCACGUAUACUUUAACAACAAGAUCAACAUCAUCCUUCAGUUUGUCCCUGAGAUGAUCUUCAUUUUGAGUUUAUUUGGUUAUCUGGUCUUCAUGGUUAUUUUUAAGUGGUGUUUUUACCACGUUAAGAAUUCUCAGAUUGCUCCCAGUAUUCUAAUUCACUUCAUCAACAUGUUUCUAUUUAGUUACAAUGAUCCUUCCAACCAGCUGUUAUAUAGUCACCAGCAAGAGGUUCAAAGCUUUCUGGUGAUUAUUGCAAUCAUUGCUGUCCCUUGGAUGCUUUUUCUGAAGCCCUUCAUUUUGCGAUCGAAUCACAGAAAAGCUCAACGUGCGUUGGAGUCUGCACCAGAGAAUGUAUAUGCUUCGAUUGACGUUGAUGCUGAUAUCUUACAACCCCAGCAAAGGAGCACCAGUGACCAUGGUGAUGACCACAAUGAAGAGUUCAACUUUGGUGAUGUUUUUGUGCACCAAGCCAUCCAUACAAUUGAGUACUGUCUUGGCUGCAUCUCUAACACUGCAUCCUAUCUCCGGUUGUGGGCUCUGAGCUUGGCUCAUGCAGAGUUAUCUGAAGUCCUCUGGACCAUGGUGAUGCGCAUUGGCUUGAGUAGUGCUUCUUGGGCUGGCCUCAUUGGUGUCUUCAUCAUAUUUGCAAUUUUUGCCGUCUUAACAGUUGCUAUUUUGUUGGUAAUGGAAGGAUUAUCUGCUUUCCUACAUGCUCUACGUCUUCACUGGGUUGAGUUCCAGAAUAAGUUCUAUGCUGGAGCUGGCUACAAGUUUAAUCCUUUUUCAUUUAAGUCCAUUCUGGAUGGAAAUCCAGAUGAAUAAAGCUGAUUUCAACAUUGUUUUCAACAAAGGAUGUUUCGACUACAGGUUUAAAGAUAAUGUCAUUCAGAAAUAAUCAUGGAUCUCUAUUAAAAUGAUAUUGAUUAGAGCUAAGAUUAAUGUUUUGAAUUUUAGCUGUUCAAAUUUUAGUAUGUAACAUUGAGCUGGAAUGCUUUGUGCUAUCGAGCAGAUGUUUUGACAAGAUUAAAAUAAAUGGGAAUAUGGCUCGUAGAGAAUUGAUGGUUGUAUCAUGUUAAGUAUCUGUUAAUAUGCACACAAUUUGAGAUGAGGUUUCCAAUGCAAGUGAAAAUUAACUCCAAAUGACUUUGCAUUUGCUUCAGAAUACUAGUGCAAUUUGGUGAAUCACUUAUAGAUGCUUUCACCAGGAGUUACAAGACUGAAGGUGUCUACUAUUGUUGAUGCCUUUAGAAGAAAAAACAGGCCACUGCAUUCAAUGGGCAAGCGACUACAAAUCAGCGUUCAAAGUAUCAUAAUGUUGCUCUGUGUAUCUACCUAUCAUGUGCUUGCUUUGUCAUGAGAAAUCCUAAGUAAUGUUCAGAAAUGUUAAUGUCAGCCAAGGUCAUGAGCAAUAUGAUUUGUUAAAAAGCUAUUUUAGGGUCACUGCCUGGAAAAUUAUUCUAAGAAGGUUACUAAAUCAGCUCAAUGAAUAGGUUUUCAUUUACUGCCUACAGGAGUCUAAGUCUCUCCUGAAUGGUUGUUCUAUUUCAAGGCAAUUCCAGACAAUGAGAAGAGGUAAUACAAAGAUGUCUGCCAUUGAUUUGGUAUACACUCCAGUCAUGCUUAGAUCAACAAAUAUAAUUAGAAUCAAAAACUUUAUAUUCAAAAUUGUUUUAAUUUAAAACAACACUGAGCUGUAUCUUUCUUAACAAAAAGAGAGAUGUUGCUGUCUGUCUGUUUGGGAUUAUCCACUCCAGUGGAAAGAAGAGGCUAAAGAUCCAUUGAUGAGAACUCCUUAAAGAUAUCCUAAUGUGCAGUCAAAAGAAAUUCAGUGAACCCAGUUUGAAACAACUUCUCUCCACCUUCAGUCCUACUUCUGGGUCUGAUCAGGUGAUGUGCUGUUCCAUUAGGUCAAACAGACAAAAUUGUAACAUAAUGUUAUUAAAUCAACUUUGUUUAACUCAGAGAAUCAGAAGCAAAGAACCAGAAUUUAUGGUUGAACAUUCCAUCAGAUUUUCAUCCCUCCUACAGCAGGGCAAGAACCCUAAUGGAGCUUUAAGAUCCUCUGACUCACCACAGUGCACUAUUUCUCCUAGUUUGUCUUCACUGUGCCUGCUGCCUUUACAUGGUUGACCUUAUCAUUCCCUACUGACACGAGGAGAUUCCAAUAUACAGUCAUGUGAAACUGACAUUGCUGAGAAUUAAUUUUUCCUAAUCAGUUGCAGUCAGAGAAUUGCCCUACAGUAUUUAUUUUGUUGCCAACAUGAAGCUUCUAGAGUCUGAGAAUCUUCUUGACUCUUAUUCCUGCAUCGCAAUGCUGAUCCUAAGCUUAUUCACUAGAUUGCUAUUAUCUCUCCACUUAGACAUUCUAUCUCUACGUGUUUCCCUCCACUUUGCCUUAUGAAGAAACAGUGCUCCAAAAGCUUGUGAUUUUAAAUAAACCUGU